AUGCCAUGCCGAGAGCUAGCUGCAUUGCAGGCAAUGAUGUUUGCCGAUGGCCGACCACGGGUUAGUGCGAGGCUCCAGCUGCUGUUGCUGCAUCCGAGUGACAGAUCGAGCGUAUCAAGGAAUGCCUUUUUGGAGGUCGCAAGUCCUCUGAAGCUGCAGAGCUCGUUCAAGAGACUGACUGCAGAAGAGAGGGACGAGCUUGAGGAAAUGAAGACUUCCAGGUUCGAGCGCGAGGAGGAACACCACAAGGCAGACGGCACAGGUGAUGGUGGUGCUGGUGACAAUGGGGCAGUUCUUCCGCUGCCUGGGUUUCUCACUGCGGUGCCAGGCGUCAGCAACGUGGCAAGCAGCUCGUAUGUUCUCAGUGUGUACGAGUAUGCCAAAGAAAACCCGAUGAUGACAGCCUGGACUGUUGGAACUGCAGCUUUCAGUGCUGCGGCCAGUGCAUUCAGGUCGGUCUAUGACUACUUGUACCCACCAGAGGAUGCCGGCUGGCUGGGUGGUUGGGAUGCUGGCUUGCUGAGUGGUGGUGCUGUGGCUGGGGGCUGGUUUAGCAGCACAGCCGCAACUUCCUCCAGCAGCUGGUUUGGGGGUGGUGUCGGAGCCCAGGCAGAUGCGGCAGAUGCAUCGGGCUCGGGUGGUUGGUUCGGCUUUGGCGGCUCCGCGACCUCCGCCGCUGCCGGCGGGGCCGCAGCCGGCGGGGCUGCAGCUGGCGGGGCAGCGGCAGCUGGUGGCUGGUUCGGUGGGCUCUUCGGAGGUGGCAUUGGCUUCUGCUGCAUUUUGUCACAAGCACGGCUGGAUGGGAGGUUUGCUGGCGACUGGUGGCCUUUCGUAAGUCUAGCAUCUGCUGCAGGAUCCAGUGGAGAAGACAAGGGCCAGGCACAACCUGAUGGCAUUGAGCAGGAAAUCGCCGUGUCUUCGUCAUCGCGUGCGAAGACUGUACCUCACGACCCAAUCCCUGGUCAAGUGCCCGUGUUCGCAACCAAAGACUCAAGGAACAUGAACAUGCAGUCGAAAUGUCAGCGCAUUACCCGACCUCGUGAGCUUGACAUUUUGUUGGCCUUCCUGCCAUCCAGCAUCCCCACGCGAAUUUCAGCAAACUACUCGGAGGAGUUGGUGCUGGUCGGUGGCUGCUGCAAGCAGGUUCUGGUCUUCGUUUUACUUCUGAGCGAGUCAUUGGUGUUGUUCAUCGUCACGCUGUCAGUUUCAGGAUUUCUAUUUGCGAGCAUGAAGUUUUGCCUUCGUCCGUGGGCGUGGCUAGGCAUGGACUCUCACUUACCGAUCCUCUUCGAUCUACAGACAUCGGGGCUGGAGGUUGGCACCUGGGACUACUGCUUCCUCCGAAGGAAGAGCUGGCCAGCAACCACUCUCCGGGAUGUGCGGGUCUACAAAGAGACUCUGGACUCCUUGGGCGAAACCGGAGAAUCUGAGCCAGUUCCGAUUUCCAGCAGCGAGAAGGUGUCAGCCGAGCUCCCGCAGUGCUGCGAUGCUACGAAGGCAUGCUUUGGCUCCUGCUGGAGAUCAUGCUGCUCUAGCGGUUCUGGCAGCUUUCUAGUCUCCGGCGUGUUUCUGGGUGCCAAAGUGGAGAGCAAAGUGGUGCGUCUGACAAGAGAUGUCUGGACCCGGAAGGAGGUAGAGCGACUACUGACCCUGGCCCAGCAGGGACGCCAGCUGCUCGGCCUGCCCGAGGCCCCAGUGGAGCCCGAGAGCGCCUCAGACCAAGUCCAGAUUGUCGAUGUCGAGUGCAUUCCGGUGAGCUGCGUCAUGGGCAAAGAGGAUGGUUUGCCAACCAUUCGGGAGGAUACGAUUCUCCGGGAUGCUACCGAGCCAUCGGUGUUGCCAAUGUUCUCAAAGGAAGCUUCGGAAGUGGCAGCAGAUGAGAGAUGCAUGCCUACAGUGCGGUCAGGUGUUCUGGCUCCGCGCCCGAAGAUGAAGUCUCAAUCCCAGGCCAAGGUGCAAGAUCUUCUUGCGGUUUAG